CGAUCAUCGACCCUCCCCGCUCCCACGACCGGGCUACCUCCAGCUAUGGCACACUUCGCUGAACAACUCAAGGAGCGAGGAAACACACACUUCAAGAAUGGCGACUACCUCUCGGCCGAGGUGUUGUAUGGCCAGGCCAUCCAAAAGAACCCGGAUAAUCCGCUGUUGUUCACGAACCGCGCCAACGCGCGCCUGAAGCUCGAGCAUUGGCAUGAUGUGAUAGACGAUUGCUUGAAGAGCAUUGAGCUCAUGAGGGAGAACAUGAAGGCCUACACUUACUUGGCUCGCGCGCAACUUGCCGUCAACCACCCGAACGAAGCGCUCUCCUCGGCGCUUAUGGCGUACGAUUUCUGCAUCAAGUCGCAGACCCCCACACGUAACGCCGCUACAAUAUCAGCCUUGGUCCUGCAAUGCAAGAAAACAAAAUGGGAAGGGAGGGAGAGGGAACGGCUUAGAAGGAAAAAUCCAAUGCUGGCCGAGUUGGAGGAUCUGAUUGAAGCAGAAGUAAACCGCGAACGGUCAAACAUUGACCAAAAAACGGAAAGCGGCGAGAUGGGUUCAGUGGAGGCUGCCGAGGAGCGUAAUAGCCUUGCUGAGACGACGGCACGGAAGAUAGAGGAUUUGAGGUCCAUCUUUGCCAUUGCCGACCCGGACAACAUGACGAAGCGCGAAGUUCCCGACUAUCUGAUAGACAGUAUCACCUUUGAGAUUAUGCAUGACCCCGUUGUCACCAAGAAUGGGCACUCUUACGAAAGAGCCACUCUUAUUGAGCACCUGAAGCGCAGCGCCACCGAUCCUCUAACCCGUGAACCUCUUAAGAUCGAGGACCUGCGGUCAAAUAUUGGGCUUCGCGAAGCAUGCAACGAGUUCUUUGAAAAAAAUUCUGGCUGGGUGUACGAUUGGUGAUGGGCAGUGGACAGCGUAGCAGACAGGGCAUCGGAAUGCUCGUGUGCAGACCAAGCGAAAGCAUUCCUAGGCGUUAAAGCGAGCUGCAAUAAGGCCCCUUUACAUACUUUGCUUCUGGCGACGGAUACCCUUGGCAGUUCUCUAGUCGAUAGUUCCAGCUUUCCGUAUUUGGGCGAUGCCUUUGGUUCACAUUGCGGGGUAGGCAAACAGAAACAACAAGUACAUAUAUGCAGUAAUAAUUCA